AUGACAUGCUUUCGGGCUAAAAAUGCAAGCGACAUCAGUAGAGUUGCGACCAAGGCGGAGCCCGUCAUCCUAAACGAUAUCAUACAGAAGUAUGUGGAGUGGGCACCUCAUGUUGAUGGAACCAUUGUCAAAACUCAGCACCUCCAGGACACGUUUUGGAACGGAAAGUUCCAGAAGAAGCCCUUUAUCAUUGGUUUCGCCACUGAUGACGCUUUCCCGAUCAUAUACGAUGAAUGGAAGGAUAAAAUGACACCAAGUUUAUAUGAAGAAGUCAUGCUAAGCGUUUUCCUGGCGAAAUCAGAGUUAGUACUGCAUGAGUACCCACCGGAUUCAUCGAGGGACCAACGGCCGAAGCUGUCACGCGCUGUCACAGACCACUUCUAUGUCUGUCCUACACGGAGGGUGAUCCGUGCAGCUGAUCGCUUUGGACUGUCAGACGUGUGGCUUUACCGUUUCGACAAGAAGACGCCGGCCGAUAACAAAAGUGUGCAUCUGUGGGCACAUUUUGACCAGGAGUGCUACUACCGGAUCUGUCACGGCUCCGAUGUCCUGUAUCUCUUCCAAACUCUGAAGCUAGCCGGACUGAACGUGACUGAUGGAGAACAGAGCACAGCCGACUCCAUGGCCUACUACUUUGGAAACUUCCUCCACACCGGAGAUCCCAACAAUUCCGGAUGGCGAGUUUCCUCCCAGCACCAGGCCCAUCCACAACAGUCUGGUGACGUCAUCAACUGGCCAAAGUACAACAAGCUCAACAACUACGUCAACAUGAAGUUCGGGGGACUAACCACCCAACUGGAACUUGGGUAUCGGGCCGAGAAGUGUGAUUUCUGGGACAAGAACUUUCCAUAA